AAGGUUGUUUUAGGCUUUAUUUUUAAGGAAACUGAAAAAGGACGUGAUUCGAAAACAGUCGAAUUUGCCAUUCGAGUCGACUCGGGUCCGCUUGUUCAAAAGAGAAUACGGGAUUACGAAAAUCUGUAUCUAAAGCUCAAGGACUGCCUACCGGCUUCUGCAGCUUCCCCUCCGAAGAAGAAAUUGUUACAAGCCGACGCCAAACUUCAAGAAAGACGUCGACAAUGGAUUAUCGCUAUGACACAAACCUUGCUCACUAACCAUCAUGAUAAUACUUUUCAUUCUAGUGAAAAUGUUCGGGAGUUCUAUGCGCUGGGAGAUGUCGAUGGAGCGGAUGGGUCACAUGUAGACCUUGGACCUAAGGAAAUAACAACUGCAUGUCCGGCUGAUUUCGACUUCUUGACUACAAUUGGGAAAGGAAGCUUUGGUCGUGUUUUUCAAGUUAUGCAUAAGGAAACGGGUAAAAUUUAUGCAAUGAAGGUUCUGUCAAAGGAGCACAUUAGAAAGAAAAAUGAGGUAAAACACGUAAUGGCCGAGUUGAACGUGUUGAAGGCUAAUUUCCAUCAUCCAUUUCUCGUUUCACUUCACUUCUCGUUUCAAAACAGGGAUAAACUGUAUUUCGUACUUGACCAUCUUAAUGGCGGGGAGCUCUUUUCACACCUACAAAAGGAGAAGCACUUUUCCGAGUCCAGGUCACGAUUUUAUGCAGCUCAAAUCGCAUCCGCUCUUGGAUAUCUUCACGAAAAUAAUAUUAUAUACAGAGAUUUGAAGCCUGAGAAUCUGCUGUUGGACAAAUAUGGCUACUUGGUGCUUACUGACUUUGGUCUCUGCAAAGAAGGUAUGACACCAGGUUCAAUGACGGCGACAUUCUGUGGUACACCAGAGUAUCUGGCACCGGAGAUAAUCCUCAAAAAACCGUACGACCACGCAGUAGAUUGGUGGUGUCUUGGAUCUGUUUUGUACGAAAUGUUCUAUGGAUUGGACUCCACCUUUGUUUUAUUUUUAUUUCAGCCCCCAUUUUACUCAAAAGAUCAUAACGAAAUGUACAACAGAAUUGUGAAUGAACCGCUCAGGAUAAGAAGGAGUGUUUCGGCUGCAUCCACGGAUAUCAUUACUGGGCUACUUCAAAAAGACAAACACAAACGACUUGGUUCAAAAGCAGAUUUCAAUGAGAUCAAGCAACAUAAUUUCUUCAAGCCAAUAGAGUGGGAAAAACUACUUCGCCGUGAAAUCAAAGCACCAUUUGUUCCGAAAAUCGAAAGCGAGACAGAUGUUCGUAAUAUCGCUGAAGACUUCAUUAAAAUUAAGAUCAAUCCUGCCUCUCUAGUGCCUCAAAAUCUUGACUCAACACAACGGGACCAUGACUUCAUGAAUUUUACGUUUGUGCAGAAGAAUUUAGUGACAUAA